AUGACAUGGGAUAUUUCCCGGGCUUCCUGCACCUCGAUAACUCAUUCCGGCCCUAACUCGCUCAUGUCAGGCGCCAAAGGACGCAGCAAGGAGCCAGCUGCCUGGCCGGCCAUUGAUCAGCUGGCGGCUGUGCCAGUGAGACCCUAUGUCUUCUCAGAAGCUCCCAGCAGCAUUGCGGCUGGCAGUAGGUUUGUGCUGGAGAGUCGCGGCGCGGUGCCGAGGCCCUAUGCGCCCGGCGAGGCGGAGUUCUUUGUUUACCCGGGCCUCCUCACGGACAACGAAGCCUCGCAGCUCUUGUCCUCCUGUUCGCAGGUGUUGAGCGAAGAGAUCGGCAGUGGCAGGGGCCGGGAGCCGGAUGUGGACGGCCGGCCUGCCUUCGCGGUGGAGGUGGCCAGAGGAGGCAACUUCAACAAGGUGCCAGCGCUGCGGCCCCUGGUCGAGUCCGUGCUGCUUCCGCUUGUCCGCCAGAAGUUGGGUGCGGCGACGCUGUCUUCGGCCUUCCUGCGGCGCUUUGUGCCAGAGGAGAGGCGUUUCCUGGCGCUUCACCGGGAGGUUCGCGCAUGGGCUGUGAUGAGCGUGGCUCUGCAGGACUCGUCCGCCUACACAGGGGGGCUCUUCGUUCAGGGCUCGGGACGAGCGUUGGAUCGGAGAUUUGUACAGCUGGAGCGCGGAGGCGUGUGCCUUUUUCAUCACGAUCUUCACCACGGCGUCGACGUGCAGGAGGGAUCCCGCUUUGAGCUGGUCAUCCACUUCAAAGACUCCCCGCAAGCCGUGUCUGAGGGCACCUGCCCAUGGUUCAGGAAGCUGGCAGAGGCUGGCGAUGUUUCGGGGCUCUAUGGCCACGCCUUGGCGCUGGCGAGGAAGGGGGACUUCCUCGGAGCCAAGGACUUCCUGGACAAGGCAUGCGAGUCGGACGACGGGGACGCGCUCUGGACAGCGGCCGAGUGGUGCUGGGACCCCCCGCUUGGGUCCAGCUUGCAGGAAUCCCCCAGCGCAGCUCUGACCCUUUGGCGUAGGGCGGCGGAGCUGGGACACGGCCGGUCGCGGGGCCGCUACGGGAGCGUUCUCAUGCAGGGUGUGCCUGGCCACGUGCAGCAGGACAUUUGGGAAGGCAAGCGGAUGCUUCGGCUUGGCUUUGAAUCCGACGACCCAGAUGCUACGUUUCAUUUGGGCCAAGCGUUGCUACAGGACGGAGACAGAGAUGGCGCCACAAAGCUGAUGGCAGCCUGUGCCAAAGGACAUCCCAGAGCGUGCUUCCAGGUUGCAGAGAUGCAUCGGGAAGGUCAGCUCCAGUUCCCGCAGGACUUGCAGCAGUGCCUGCGGUGUACGAAAUGGGCAGCGCACCAGGGUGACCCCCAGGCUUUGAGCAACCUGGGCCACCUGCUGAUCAAUGGCGUGGGAGUCAUCAAGGACGAGGCCAAGGCGGUGAGGCUCUUCCGGCAUUCUGCAAAGCUUGGUGCGCCAGAAGGCAUGUUGAACUACGGCCUGGCACUUCUGCGCGGCAGCGGUGGAGUGAAGGUCGACUACCAGGAAGCCUUGGAGUGGGCCCAACAGUCUGCCGCGUCGGGGCACAGCUUGGCUCACCAACAGCUGUCCAUGUUCUUCAAUGCUGCGAAGAACCCCAACCCUCCUGCAAGAUGUGCGCCAUCCUCUAUAGAGGAGCUCCGUUCACUCGGCGUUCGUGAACUGCAAAAUUUGCUGCGACUGGAAGGCAUUGAUUUCUCCGACUGCGUAGAGAAGUCAGACCUCAUUGCGCGAGCGGCUUUGCGUUUGCCGGGUGUGACUGAGCCCUGGGAUGCUGCUCCAGAGCACACACUGCUCUUGGAGCCGCGGAGGCAGCGCGCGGCUGCGGCAGCAAGUCCGUCAAAGGACGAAGUCCCAACGCCCCAGGCCUCUCGGAAGGAAGUUCUGCCAGAAGUGUUCGAGCUAGCAGACUGA